AUGCCCACGCCAGCUACUCCGUCCCCGUUUCGUCCGUCUCGCCGUAACCCACCCUCGACGCGCCGCAAUGCUGGCCCACAAUUCGCACCUACCCCUCGUUUUCGGCUGUCGCAAAGGAUAUCGGCCCAGGAAAGACACGAAAAUGCGAUCGACACCAUAGACGAUGAUGCACCGCCGCCAUCGACCCGUGAAGCGCGCGUGGCACCUGGAUCUAGCACUACGCGUCGCCAAAGGGACGGGAUUGAAGAUUUCGACAAUGGAGAGCUAUUGAGGAGAACAGGAGACGCAUUCAAUGAAAUUGUGGACGAUGCCAUUGAUAGUACUCCUCCAGAGGAGGACCCUGAGUCGCCGGGGCUUCUCGACGCCGGAUUCGACGCGAUCUUUGCGCCCGUGAGAGAACGGACGAAACGGCGGCGUAUUGCCGUAGAAGGAGAGGCUUCUCCCAAUCAGGAACAACUCGAGCCCAUUUUACCUGCCUCACCUGGACCUCAACCGAUCACGACUGUGGAUACUCCAGUCUCGCCAGAAACAGGCCCAUUGCAGUCUGCAACGCAGAGCACUCCAGCAGUGCCCGCGCGUCCACCCCUAUCCCCACCGGGGAAUUUCAAAACACCCUUUCGCAACCGUCCAAGAUUCACGCUUUUUUCAUCACAGAAACAAACUGAUGCGCAAAAUACGCCUAAUCAGAGAACACCGUUAGCACAAACACCGGUCCAGACACAGGACAGACGCAAGCCAACAUUCAUUCUCUCCCCGUUCACCGUCGCCAUCAGAUGCAGCAGAAAACAUUCCUGCUCCAUUUUCACCAUCCUCGCGUACAUUACAUCGUCGUGGUAA